AUACCUUAUUACCAAAAAAAGAAAUUAUGAAAACAUUUCUUUGUGAAUUUAUAUCAACAUUUUUAAUAACUUUGUUAUUAUUAAGUUUAUAUAAUUAUAAAAAGAAAUUUAUGGAAGAAAAUAAAAAUGAUCAAUCAUUGACCUUUAAUAUAAACAAAUUAAGAAAUAUGAGUUCUUUAUAUAAUUUUAAUACAUAUGAAGAUUUCUAUUCAUAUGACAUGUUCAAUACUAAUCAUAAUAGAAAAUAUAAUUCCCUUUUAUAUAUUGAUAAUAAAUAUAUUAAAUAUAUAAUGAAUCAUAUAUUUUACUUAUUAUUUAUUUUCUUUUCUUUAUUAUUUUUUGUUUUUGUAACAAAUACAACAUUAAAUCCAAUGUUUUCAACAUCUACAUUAUAUACAUAUUUAUAUUAUAAAAUUUUCAAAGCAUCAAAUUCUUUUAAAAUAUAUUCCAUAUUUAUAUCAUUUUUAAGUAUUACAAAAAUAUUUCAACUACUAAUCUUUUAUAUUCAGUCAUUACCAUUAUGGAUAGGCCCUUACUUUGGAUCAGCAUUUGCCGCAUCCUUCCUAGCACUUUUUAAAGAAAACGAAGAAGAAAUUAUCAACAUUAUUGAUACAAAUGUAUAUUCAUCCUAUAACAAAAAGAAAGAACAAAUACCAUUAAUAGAUAAAAACAGUGCAAAGCAAAACGCUUAUCUUAUUGAAUACAAUGAUAAUAUACAUUAUAAUUCAUAUAAUUAUUUACUACCCAGCGUCUUUUAA